CUUCGCUCCAAGCACUUGACCUCAUUGAAGACCUAGAAAGUGCAGCUCUCUAAACAUGACGACCGUCGGCGAAAGCUCUUUGGCUCCGCCAAAAUCCACAGACGAUGACAAGCCCGUGAUCGUCAGGGUUAAGCGCAAAGCCUCUCAGUCUUGCCUCGACGCUUUAUGGCUUGAAAUCAGUGAGAGGCCGCUGAAGCGGCCGUUGUUAGAUUUUGAGAAUUUAUCAAUCUCCAAUUCAUCUGGGAAAGAGGAAUUCAAGACUAAGAAGGUUUUGGUACAGCAUGUGGAGACAAUAAGAAGCUCUGAGACGACCAUUGAUGUUGUCCAGUCAUUUGUGGAGCCCAAUUCCGUUGAUGCAUCUGAAGGUAAAACAAAUUUUGAGGAGCGAAAGCGUGCUUUUAAAAAGGAAAAUCAGAGACAAGGUCAGCUGUUAUCUAAAGCCAGACAAGAACAGGAGGUCUUAGCAAAAAAUGCUCGGUUUGAACAAAUAUGGAGGAGCAGAAGAGAAAACAAAGUGGCUACGCAUCAUAAAGCAUUAGAUGAAAUGUGUCGGUUUUAUGAUGUUGUUCGUGUUGAUGUUGAGGAAAGAUCCAAGAAGGUGCAACAACAGGAGGAUAUAUCUUUGGAGGAUCAGAGGCUCUUGUCUAGUUAUCUGCCUCUACUAAGAGAGUUCAUUCCAUCUGCUGCUUCAGAGAUUGAAUCCGACUUACAUGGUAGCAUGUCCGAACAAGAUGAUUAUGUAUAUGACUUUUACAUUAAAAGGGAUGACAUGGUCAUAACUCAUGAAGAUGUUCCAAUUCCUCUUGUACAAGUUGAUGAGGACGAUUUUUAUGAUGGGCCUGACGAAUCAGAAUACGAUACCGAUGAUUCAAAUGCUGAAGAUAAUCCUCUAAACGAUUAUCCUGACGAGAUAUCUGAAGAUGAAGAGGAAGUGGUGAGUGAAGCCUCGGAAAAUGAAUCAGAAGAAAAGGAAAGUGAGAGUGAAAGUAAUAUGUCUUUGAAAUCUGAGGAUUUAGACCAGCAUGGCUUGUUAGAUGAUGCAGAACUCUCAGGAAAUGAGUCAGAAAAGGAAAGUGAGAGUGAAAAUAAUAGAUCUUUGAAACCUGAGGAUUUAGACCAGCAUGACGUGUUAGAUGAUGCAGAACUAUCACAUGACACUGAGAUCGAUGAUCAUUAUAACUAUCGCGGCGAUGAUUUUGACUAUCCAUAUGAUGAUGAUGAUGGUGGUCAUGAUGAUGAAGAGUGGAGAUGGGUGAAUGAGCAUUAGCUUUUAUGGAAAUCCAAUCUUAUUCCUUCCAACGAUUUGUGAUUUUGGCCCUUGAAAAUGCUUUAAUUACUGCUCCUAAGUCUCUAAGAGUUUUUUGGAAGGUAGUCUAAUGAGUUCUAGGUUUAGGAAUAUAAACUUGUUGUACAGACUUUUAACAUGGGCCUAGCAAUUUAGGGUGCUUAUGGACACUGCUAAUCUGUUCUCUUAGACUUUCCUCGAGACACAAUGAGUUAUGGUUGCUGAUGUGUUCUCA